CCAAACCGCCAACCAGAUGUGCCGAACCGAAGCAGCUUUUCUGGAAAAGGCGCCCUCCUCGAUCGUCUGCCCCGCUCAAGUGGGAAUGCUCCCCGGCUCUGCUCAGAGAGCGAGCGGGACCCGAGCGACACCCCCCGGCUCCGCGUCACAUGGGCGCUCCCGGGCGGAGCCCCACCCCCUCGGCUCCACGUGGUCGGCGGCCGGGCGGCCGCGGCUCUGGCUGCCGGGUCUGCGCAGCAUGGGUCCCGGGACGGCGGGGCCCCCGUCGGGCGGUGCUGCUCGCUUCUCUUGCCCCCCCAACUUUACCGAGAUGCCUCCAGCCUCAGAGUCUACUCGUUUCUCCUUAGAAGGGCUGACGGGCCCCGAUACCGAGCUGUGGCUUAUCCAGGCCCCUGUAGACUUCGCCCCAGACUGCCUCAACGGCAGAUUGGUGCCUCUUUCUGGCUCCCAGAUGGUGAAGGGCAAGCUGGAAGGCAAGCGGCACCGCUAUCGGGUCCUUGGCAGCAGCGGCCCCCGGGAGGGAGAAGCCACCCUGCUGGCCCCCUCAGCAGACGCAGGAGGGGGACUCACCUGUGCCCCCGCCGCCCAGGGCAACCUACGGAUAUUCGAGGGUCCCCAAGGGUCCCCAUCAGGGACUGCCCUGCAGCCCAUCCCAGCCAGUCCUGCACCACAGAUCCCCCCUGGCCUGAGGCCCCGGUUCUGUGCCUUUGGAGGCAGCCCGCCAGUCACGGGGCCUGGCUCAGCCUUGGCCCUGACGUCGCCAUCCUCGAGGAAGAAGAAAAAGAAGAGGCACACGCCAGAGGCCUCAGUUCCUCCGGAGACAGUGAAUGGACAUGGGGCAGUAGAGGUAGACUCAGCUUUGGGGAACGUGGGGAAGAAGAAGAAGAAGCAACAGCGGAGUGAACUGGAGGCGGCGGCAGCGACAGAACCCGCCGCAGAGAUGCUGGAGCCGGUGGGCGUCCUGUUCCCACCCGCCACCAAGAAGAGGAAAAAGAAACCCAAAGAGGCAGAAACAGUCCAGCCAGAAGCGGGGAUGCUGGAGCGAGAAGCACAGGCAGAGCUGGGACUUGUGGUUAAAACUGAGCCGCCGGAAGAGACACGCCUCUCCCCCAGCAAGAAGAGGCGGAGGCAGAAGAGGACAGAAAGCGCCGAGCCUGAGCCUGAGCCAGAGCCCGAGCCCGUGGAGGGGGCAGGCGUGGAGGGGGCAGGCGGCGGGGCUCCCCUGCGGGUGGCAGUGAAGCCGCGGGAGGAAGCCCUCCCUGCGCCAUCCCCCAAGAAGAAGAAGAAGAAGGAAAAGGGGCACGACGUGAUGGCGCCCGGGACUGAGCCCCAGCCGGAGACUGGGCCCCAGGAGCUCCACGAGGAGACGGCAGCGCCUGACCUGCCGCUUGGAGUUGAGCCUCAGGCCGGGGCCACGGCAUCCGCCAAGAAGAGGAGGAAGAAAGAAAAGCGGCCAGCGCAGUCCAGGGCAGAGGAGGUGGUGUCCCAGGCGGCGCUGGCGCCACGUGGCCUGGAGCCUCCCGUGGCUCUCGCCUCCCCCAGGAAGAAGAAGAAAGACAGAGGCCACAGAGCCACAGAGCCGGGCGCGGACCCACCGGGCCCCGCAGGGGAGCUGAUGCAGCCUGGAGCCAGGGCAAGCCGGGCGUCUGCCAGGGAGCAGCAGCAGGGCCAAGAAAGCGGGGUGCCAGAGGCGGUACCCCAGGGGGACACGCCAGAGCCUCUGCUGGAUCUGGGGCCUGGGCAAGUAGUUCCCACAGGACGGGAGAAAAAGCGGAAGAAGAAACUGCAGCCAAGUCCUAUGUAGCUGGAACACGCACGGCCGC